ACUCUUCAGCGAUCAGCCGGUUUCUCCAAGAAGCACAAAAAAUUCUAAUAUCACUCACACAUUAUAAUUCUCAAAGAAUAUUAUCAGAAAAUACAGAGAAUGUCAUUUUCUUUAGUGCGUAAAAUUUGUGGUCAUUCCCAGACGUGGCGACAGAUUGAAGGGACUUUUGUGAGGCAUUUGAGCUUAUCAUCUUUAGCAGCAAUGAGAUUCAUCCAGUACAGGAAGGGAAAAGAAGACACCACCCGUCUGGGUGUCUUAUCAGAAGAUGGAAAGAAGAUUACAUCUCUGUCUUCUUAUGGGAAUGACAUGAUAGAAUUCCUGAAGAAAGACGUUGACCUCGGGGAGAUUUCCAAGAAGGUCAGUGGACUUCCUUCGGAAGAGAUGACAGGUGAUGUAACCCUGCUGUCUCCAGUGUCAAAUCCCGAGAAGAUUGUCUGCAUUGGCCUGAACUACCGUGGUCACUGUGAGGAGCAGAAUUUGACUCCUCCCGUUCGUCCCAUGUUCUUCAGCAAAUUCGCCAGUACUCUCGUGGGCCCCACGGGAUCAGUGAUAGCCCACGAGAUAAGCACACAAAUCGAUUGGGAAGUAGAACUGGCCGUUGUCAUUGGAAAAACUGCCAAGAAAGUGCCGAGGGAGAAGGCUUAUGACUACGUCUUUGGCUAUUGCGUGGCUCAGGAUAUCUCUGCCAGGGAUUGGCAGAAAGUCCUGAACAACAAGCAAUUCCUCAUUGGCAAGUCAAUGGACACCUUCUGCCCUCUGGGUCCGGCGAUUGUCCACAAGAGUCUCGUGCCAGAUCCUCACAAUCUCAAGAUUCGCUGCAGCAUCAACGGAGUCCAGAAACAAUCAGGGAAUACCAAUGAACUCAUCUUCCGGAUUGACGACAUCAUCAAUCGUCUUACUCAGUCAAUUACCUUACGUCCGGGCGACGUAAUCCUAACUGGAACUCCUGGAGGCGUGGGAAUGUUCCGCGAUCCACCAGAGUACCUGAAGCCGGGUGAUGUUAUUGAUAGUGAAAUCGAGAUUCUCGGAAAAAUGACCAACCCAAUUAUCAAGGAUGAAUAGUACCUAAAAAUCUAUUUCUUCUAAAUGUUUUUCCACAAGGUUAAUAAAUGGUGCAAAUCAGUAAUAA